ACACCACAUAACUUUCGGCGCACAGCAUACACCGCGCCAGCAGAACCGCAACAUGCAACGAAACGAGAAGAAGAAGAAGAGGAAGCAGAGGAUGCCGGGAACCGGGUACGAGUUCCUGCGGCGGCGGAUACAGCCAAAGAAGCCAGACCCGGAGGAGGUGCUGGCGUCCCUGCCAUUCAAGCCCCGCCACGACAGUUAUUCCAUCGAAGGCCCGGAUGGUGUCAUGGUGUUCCGGCCCACCUUGGAGGAGAUGCGCGACUUCACCGCAUACAUCAACUUCAUGGAAGCCGUGGGCGCUGAUCAGCGCGGCAUCGCAAAGGUGAUUGCACCGCCCGAGUACACAAAGGGUGGCUUUGAUGUCGACCGCUUUGACCAGAUGCUCAUUCGCAGCCCCAUCGAACAGCUCGUCAGCGGCACAGAUGGUCGAUUCUGCGUCAUGAAUGUGGAGAAGAAGGACAUGACGGUGCAGCAGUUUCGGUCGCUCGCCAACAGCAGCCGCCACACUGCGCCAGCAAAGUACAAGGGCAAGUACGACGAGCUGGAACGCUACUUCUGGCGCAAUCUUGCCUUCAACAGCGCAAUUUACGGCGCUGAUGUGGCCGGCACCGUCACAAACCCAGACCAGAAGGUGUGGAACAUCAACAAGCUCGGCACCAUCUUGGAUGUUCUGGGCGAGGACACGGGCCUGGCGCUGCCCGGCGUCAACACAGCGUACCUCUACUUUGGUAUGUGGAAGGCUGCAUUCUGCUGGCACACAGAGGACAAAGACCUCUACAGCAUCAACUACAUACACCACGGCGCAGAAAAGCAGUGGUACGGCAUUCCUCCGGCUGCCAGCGAGCGCAUGUACUCGUUUGCAUCCAGGGUGUUCCACGGCUCGGCGCGGCAGUGCAAGCAGUUCCUGCGCCACAAGAUGUUCCUCAUCACCCCCACUGUGCUCAAGAACAACAACAUUCCCGUGUACAAGACGGUGCACCACGCGGGCGAGUUUAUGAUCACGUUUCCCUCGGCCUACCAUGCCGGGUACAACCUCGGCUUCAACAUUGCAGAGUCGACAAACUUCGCAACAGACAGGUGGAUUGAGCACGGCCUGCUGGCGGAGUCGUGCCGGUGCCACAGCGAGUUUGUGCACAUUGACAUGGACGUGUUCCUGCGGCGCUACCGGCCAUCGCUGUGGGCGGUGGUGGAGGAGCACAGGGCGGCCGUGGAGGCGCAGCGCUCGAGGCAGCGCGAACUGGACGAGGCCGAGCGAAGGCUGGAGAUGGGUAUCAUCGACAGCAGCAGCAGUGAUGGUGGCAGUGAUGGUGGCAGUGAUGAUGGCAGUGGUAGCAGCAGUGGCAGCGAUGAUGAUGAUGAUGAUGAGGGCGUGAAUGGACAGCGAGGCAGAAAGCGGGCUGUUGCAUCUGCAAAUAGGAGGAGGCGCAAGACGACGGGGACGAAGAAAACAGCCCGCAGCAACACCAGGGGGGAGAACACCGGCAAACGCAAGGCGGACGCGCGGCCAGAACAACAACGGCGAGUUGACUCGAAGCAGCACCGCAUCCGGCAGGCGUGGCAGAAGCGGUUUGCGCUUGAGCGGGUGUACAACCACCGGGUGAUGGAGCAGGACUCGGCCCACAGCGGCACGUGCUGCGUGUGCGGAGACCGCGGCGUCCUCCCUCGUGUUGCCUGUCUUCCUGGCGGCGAUCACGACGACGACGACGACCACGAUGGUGGUGGUGGUGGUGGUGGUGGUGGUGGUGUGGGGGCGAGUCAUGGCAGCAGUGAUGGGCACAGCCGCAGCAGCGCUGGUCACAGCAAGACGGGCGGUGCUGUGCUUGCACAGGCGAGGCGCAGCAAGCAUCCGUGGAACGCAUCUGCCGUUGCGCUGCUUCGAUCAUCCAUCUCCCGCACAGGCACUCGCGUCAGCAGGAUGGGCAACCACGAUCAUGGUGGUGAGCAUGGUACAAAUGGCGGUGGCAGUGGUGAUGAUGGUGAGCCGCGCCGCAAGCGGGCAAAGCGGACGUUGGAGAAACAGCAGCAGAAGGCAGUGCCCGAUCUUCUCGUCUGCCAAUCUUGCCUCAUCGCCGUCCACCCAGGCUGCUAUGGCGCCGACAUGGACGCCGCGUCAUGCAAGAGCUGGCUCUGCGAUCGAUGCAGGGUUGACGCCACGCGCGCGUCGUGUGUGCUGUGUCCGAAGCUUGGCGGGGCACUGAAGCCCGUCUCACCGCUCCGCCCGAAGAAGCGCGACGAUGCAGCUGCUGCACCGCCACCGCCACCACCUCCAUCAGCUCCUGCUGCCGUCACUUCGCCUGCUGGGUGCUCGGACGCAAAGGGCGAGGUUGGCGGUGCGGUGGACGUGGACUCGCUUUCGCCGCUCUCCAACGCCAGCAUGACAUCUGCCGUCUCCUCCUCAUCUUCACUUGCGCCAACAGCAACGGCAUCGACAGCAGUAGCAGCCGUAUCGUCAUCGUCGUCGACUGUGGCGUCGUCCGACGGUGGAAAGCGCGUUUGCGGGCGUGCGAGCAAGCGGCGGCAGUGGGCGCAUCUGCUGUGCGCGUAUUGGGUGCCGGAGGUGGUGUUUGAGGCGCCAAACCUCAACGUCGUCGACGUGAGCGCCGUUCCACGAGCCCGACAACGCCUGAGGUGCAGCCUGUGCAAGAACGACCCCACGCCGCUGCCGCGUGAUUUGUGGCAGGAUAGCAGCCUGUCCCUGACCAACCCGCCCAAGACGAGUGCAGGGGCACCUGUGCAGUGCUGCAAAGGCAGAUGUGUCACCGCAUUCCACGUCUCCUGCGCAUUUCGUGCCGGCCUCCCUUACACAUUCCACGACGGCAACUUUGGCUUUUACUGCGCGCGCCACGCCCCAGCAUCGGGCCAGCAGCAGCGCCGCACCGCGCCUGUGAACGUCGGUGACCGGGUGCGCGCAAAGUGGCAGCUGAACCACUUCUUUGAAGGGAUGGUGGUUGACAUUUCCAUCAAGGGCCGCGAGGUAAACGUCGAGUUUGAUGACGGCAGCACGUGCGUCAUGCCACUCACAGACGUGUUCCUCCCGUCCGCCACGCACCCAGACGAAAACUUGUCCCUGCGCUCGAAGCAUCUGUCGACGGAGGGCCGCCCUGCAGUGAAGGUGCUGUGGGAGGGCGAGAUGCUUGAUGCCACCAUCAUCAACUAUGUCAACAUCAACAAAUACUCAGUGCUGUUUGACGACGGGUACUCGGCGACGCUGCCGCGGUCGGACGUCUAUCUGCUGCACGAGCGCCUGCCGCCCCGCGCAAAACUGCACGUCGUCGACGCAGACGAGCGCGACAGCAGUGGCGACGCAGACGACGACGACAACGGUGAUGAUGAUGGCGCUAAGGACAAUGGCGAGAGCAGACGCAGCCGUGGAGAGACCUCCUCUGCCAGCACCACGGCAGCAACUGGUGACGGUGUGUCGGGCCGUGGCCGCCGCCGCCGCAACCCACCAGCCCAUCUCGACGGCUACGUCCUCAUCUCGUGAUGGCAGCGACAGCGGUGGUGGCGGUGUGGAGAGAGGUGCUGUCGUGCGUGCUGCAUGUACACACGCUGCUGACGCGCUGUGCACAAUUCAUAUCUGACUGACUUAUUUGCGCAAAGUUGUUGCUGCUUGGCAGCGUGUUGUAUGUGCAUUUCCGUGUUCUUGUGAUGGUUCGCUGUGUCGAGUAUUUCGCAACGUUUCUUCCCCCCAGAUAUGUGCUUGCUUUGUUCUUCAGGUGUCACAUUUCUUUGUGCCUAGCAUGUGUCUUUGUAUGCACGUGUGAUUGUGUCCCGAGAAAAAUAUGACUUGAGUGUCCCGUCGAGUGUGUGCGUGUCAAGAACAGGCAAGUAAGUAAACCAAC